GAUUAUUGGGGUGAGUAGCAAGAGUAAACUGACAACUGGAAGAAUUGUGCAGCAUCACCUCGGGUCUCACAAAUUAACAGAAGAGAAAAUUAUCGAUCUUGUAUGACGCUUUAACAAUCUUGCGAAUGCAAGAAACGCAAGCAAGUUCUCUCGACCGUUCUAUCUCCAGACAGAUGGACCGAUGGCUUUGGAUCUUGAAGUGAGGGAGGGAGGGAGGGAGCUCAGAGAUGGCGCGGCGCGGCGCGGUCCGUCAGCAGCGCGUUGCGUAGCCGUUCGGGGCGCGCCAUCCUGAGCGAGGACGCGGACGUGGAGCACGGCGGAAGGCGUCCGAAGGCCUCGAACGCUGAGCGCGAGAGAGCGGGCGAGCGAGCACGACGCGGCGAGCUGACAGACGUCGAGGUGGGUGGCGGAUCUUCCCACGAGAUUCCGGAUACUGAAGCCUGGGACCAAGAAAGAAUCUGUAGGAGCAGGAGACUAAAUUUCGACCCUCAUAAUUCGGCGCAUGUCUGGACAGCUUAGAGAAUUCUACUCGUAAACUAGAAAGAGAUGAGCGCCUUGGACUCAAGAUUCCGAGGGCCCCAUGAGAGGGUACCAGUUAUGCACCAGCUUGGAACUCAUCCUAUGCCCGACUGGGGUGGUCUUCUGAGAACACCUAGGCCUCCAUCAAGGCCACUCCCUCCACCCUUGCCUCCUGGUCCUCCGCCACUGUCAGUUCAGAUGUCACAUCCUAUUCUGUACCGUCAAGUAGAGUACCAGAUGCAGACUCCACCACCACCACCACCUGUGAUUCAUGCUCUUGCUCAUCCGACCAAUACUGCUGUUCCUCACCCUACUACACCUCAACCACCUAUCCAGCAUCUCCCAGUACCUGUACCUGUCCCCACUCUGUCCCAUCCAUCAGUGUUUCAACUUUGCCUUUUACCAAAUCCACCGAUGGCAUUGAAUCUGCUUCCAAUACAGCAUCAAUUGCUCAACCUUCCUGUCCAUCCUCCGCUGCCCUUGACUCCUUACCCACACUCCUCUUCACAACCCAGUCGUUCGGCUCCGAUGCAUUACACCCCAUUUGUAGCCCCAUCUCAUCAACCUCUAAAGCUGUCUGCAUCUGAGCCCCAACCCCCUGGAUUGGACAUUUCUCCUGCAUCCCUUAAAGAGCAAUUUCUUUCAAAACCAGAGUCGCAGAGUUCUCCCUUGAGAAAGUCACCCCAUAGGUGUUUCACCGAGAUUCCCAAAAUCGAUCGGAUUGAACCAGAAGAGACCAAGGUGGCUACGAAAACUGUAUCCACCAGUAUUAUUCCCCCAACAUUCUCUUGUAGUAUCUUGGACGACUCAGACGAUGAGCAAGAUAUUAAGCCAUCAACUUAUUUAUUUAUUCCUGGGAGUAUCGACUACUCUUACAAACCACCUCCAGUGAAAGAUCCUUUUGCGAACUCCAAAUCUCUACGUCACCAGCAGCCUUCGAAUCCCCGGAGGAGAAGGGAUGACGAUGAAGAAGCAGACAAUGAUGAAGAUGACAGCGAAUUGGAAGAUGAAACGGAUGAAGACUUCAUGGUCAGAGUGGACAGAACAUAUCAAGAAUUAUUCCCGAAGGUUAGGAAAUUCAUGAACCAGAUGGGCGUGGAUGAAAACUGGCAGUUGGACAAGGAGGAGAAAGCGUGCAUGAUCUGUCCAUUUCCCCAAAGACUGAAGGGUUGGACAGCUCUCCUUCAACAUGCAGAUAAGUUUAAAAAGAGGAGACUAGUCCAGCAUCGAGCUUAUUACAGAGCACUUUCAGAUCAUCUGAAGAGGGGACCUAGACUUAUUGAUGAUCAACGCUCCGAAGAAAAGGCAGUUCUGAUCGAUAGUGGGAAAUUGGCAGAGGAGUUAAUUGUAUGGCCUCCUCUAGUCAUUAUUACAAAUAUGAAGGAUAAGGAAAGCCUCGAUAUCCAUGUUCCUUUGUUUAAAACUAUGGAUGUAGAGAAGACCCUCCGUGAAAACACAGAUGGUAAACCUGGCAGGAUGUUGGUCAUGUUCCCUGCUUCAGAAUUAGGACUGUUGAAUGCAAAGCUGCUUGUCGAGAGUUUGGCUAAGCUGCUGUCCUCUCAAAUGCCUACCAACGUUCAUAUAUCCGCUCCUAGGUACAACACGAGAGCAGCCAUGGGAGGAGUGGGACCUUUUAGUGUACAGCACCCACAUCUGUACUCAUGGCCCAUGGAUCCUGGAGUUCCGGUUGGUCAUCUAGCUGAGCCAUCGGACAUGAUCAACAUUGAUCCCCACAAGAAACUUAUCAACUGGUCUGCAGAAAAUAGAAGGGAGAUACUGAAGAUUGUGUCCAAGAAAUCUAAGGAGGAACAUGAAAGGGAAAAAGCCAAACUAAAAGCUAAAUUGGUGGAGGUUGAUCAGAUAGCUGAGAGCCAUCAGAGAUUCAAAUCAAGUAAGGCAUUACUAUCUCUGCAGCUAAAAGAAGCUGAGAUGGGUUUGCAAGAACAAAAACAACGUGAAGAAUAUAUCUCAUACAGACAUGCAGAGCAGCUGAAAUUGAUGGACGCACAAUUCAAGAGUGAUAUAUGGCGGAUGGAAGAGGAACGAUUAGCUCGAGAAGGAAAGAUUCGGGCACUAUUCGAGAGUAAUGAAAGACAACUGUUGAAAGAGAGGAUCGAGAGGAACAAAGAGGUGGAAACCAUGAGGUCUCAGGUUGCAAAUAUUACACAAGAGUUAGAAAAACACAUAGCUCAGAAAGCACUUGGGAAAGAACGGGAAAUUGCAAGAAGACGGGAAGAAGCAUAUGCCGUCAUCAAGCAAAGGGAAGAACAGUUUAAUGAAGUAGCACAUAAUAUGGAGCGUAAUAUGUUGGAGAAGCAUGAAGCUCAAAAGAUGAAGCUCGUGGAAGAUUUCAAUAAAAUGCGUCAAGAAAUCCUUAUGGAAUGGCUUAGAAAACAAACCGCCUUGAAGGCAUCAGCCGAGAGUGCGAAACAAGAGAAGGAGAAACUUGAGAGCGAGGCAAAGAUUCUUUCUACAUCAACGGAAACAUUAUCGCAGGAAUGUUCAGUGUGUUUCUUAGACUUCGGGGAGGAAGCUACGAGAGCCCUCAUGCAACCUUGUGGCCAUGCGAAGAUCUGCUUAAAAUGUGCCGUUGAUAUUUAUCAAAAGACCAGAUUGUGUCCUAUUUGUAGGGUUAGACUGUCAACGAAACCGAAAGCCAUCCCAAAACUUUACAUGUAGUGUUACCAUACUACACAGACAAUGCUAAGGUAAUUCGACGGAGAAGUCGAUAUAGAAGUGUUUUCAAGCCAAGGUUACGUUAUCAGAAAAUCUUCGUCGCUGACAAUCUGCUUGUUGUGAAAGUAUACAUACACAUGAUUGCGACUUGAAGCAUGAUUAUUGGUUACAAUUUGAAGUACGAGAUUUGAAUGUCACGGAAAGAUUGUCAGUACAAUGACUGUCAUCAAUACAGCCAUGAAGAUUUCUGUUGCAGAUCGUCUUCCAGUGAGCUUCUACUAAAGGCGAUGAGAACCUACAGAAAAAAAGUAGAGUAGAGAAGUAAUAUGACUACCCUUUGUUUCUAACUAGAGCUCA